AAGUCUCACACCGACUCUCUAAACUUCUUUCAUAGAUCUUUGACAUGAUGAGUAACUACAUAGACACCUUAUGCAUGGUUUCUCUCCUCUCUUGUCUCUUCAUUACCUCUUGUUUUGCAGGACCAGUCCCAAACCAGGAGAAUGGUUCUCAGAGACUUAUCCCCACUCAAAUAUCAUCACGAGAUAGUAAGGUUUCAUUAUCGAGCACGGUGAAGGGUCUAAGAGAACGUCCUCCAUCGUCUUACUCUCUCAAGAUGGAGUCUUUCAAUACACUCAUGAAGUCUGUUUACACCGAGAGAUAUGAAUCUCGUCCUUUUAGGGUCGGUAGAUACAAUUGGAAGCUUGUUGUCUAUCCGAAGGGGAACAAGAACGAUAACGGUACAGGGCACAUUUCGCUAUACGUCGUCUUAGACAACUCAACUCUCUCCUCUCAAAGUGAAGAGGUUCAUGUAGAUCUCAGAUUUUACGUCUUCAACAAGAAAGAGAAGAAGUACUUUACGAUCCAAGAUACUGAUGUAUGGCGAUUCAGUGCAAUCAAAACCAUGUGGGGGUUCUCUAAGGUUCUUCCUCUGACUACGUUUAACAACCUGAAAAAUGGAUACCUUUAUGAUAUCGACCAUUGCGAGUUUGGCGUUGACGUCAUCAUUCCACCAUUCUAUGAAAAGUCGGAACUUUUCUCUGUCACCAAGAGUUUUUCGAGCCCGAGAUUCACCUGGUUUAUUCAAGGAUUCUCGACACUGCCUACUGAUUACCUAUCAGAGGAGUUCAUCAUUGGAGGAAAAAGCUGGAAUCUACGAAUCUUUAGAAAUGGUUUUGGAGCUUUCGAAGGCAAAAAUUUGUCGCUUUACCUUAACCUUGGGCCACAAGAGCUACUAAAAGCAAAACCUUAUGACAAGGUUUACGUACGAGCCAAGCUUCGUGUUCCUAACCAAUUCCCAUCCCAAUCCAACACUGUUUUGGAAAGGCCACUUGAUAACUGGUUCAGUCCCCAAACAAUCGGGUGGGGAUACGCUGACUUCAUGCCUCUUUCUGAUCUGAGAAAUUCAUCAAAGGGUUUCGUUGUGAAUGAUAUGUUGGUUGUUCAAGUCGCGAUGGAGGAAAUUUCUUCAACAAAGUACCUUCCCAAUUAGACUUGUAUAGAAGCUCAAAUCGUGUGGCAGCUAUAAUAAGGUCGAUCUAUGUGUUAUAUAGUCUUAUCUUUUGUGCUUUAAGCCGAACUUAUCUUAAUAUCAUGUUUCUUAUGGUUUGUGUUUCAAGUGUUCUUUCCAAUGGAAAACCUUAUUUCUUUCUCCCACUUGGUCUAAAAUAAAUGAAUAUAUCAUUU